UUGUUUGUAUGAAAAUCGGUUUUCUUCAUAAAAUGCCGGUCAAACUGUCUGUGUAGCUAGUCAAAUUGUCUGUACGCAGACAAACAGACAAUUUGACCGGCGUGUAACCCGGCGUAUACAAAGGAAUUUUCCUUAAAAUAAACAAUAUCCAUAAUGUUCUAACAAAUCAUGAUGAAGGCUCACUUGUCAAGUCUGUAUUGGAGGAUUAUGAGGCGGCUACAGGGCAGGCUAUUAACUACACGAAGUCCACUAUUUUCUUUCGUGCAAAUGUGGAGGACAAACAGCGGGAUGGUUUCUAGGAAAUGAUGGGGGUAUAAUCAAUGGAGACAGGAGCUAAAUACUUGGAUCUUCCGUGUAAGCACCUCGUAGAGUUGGAGCAGAGCACCAGGCGGAUGGAUGGAAGGUGGUAGAUAUUCGGUUGAUUUGGGUAACCUCCAACGCAAUCGAAGAAACGAGAUUGGGAGGAAGAAAUCCCGCAAAGGUAAAGAACUUGCCGGGUCUUCAUCUCAAAGCCGAGAUGAUUUUGAAACGGGUUACCAAAGGCGAGAUGGAGAUGCGAUGUCCGAAGAACAACUCCAACAAGAAUUGGCCCGACAUAAUAACCGCUUUCUACAACAACAACAAAUGCCGACGACCAUUGACGAAGAGGAGCUUGAGGAUGAAGAUGCGGAGGAAUUGGAACCGGAGACGGCCGAGGAGGAGGGUGCCGGCAGCCACGACGCCGACGCGCCUGCCUCAUCCCAAACCGCCACCGGUAAUAAAAAAAGUAAGUCUGAACUAAUGAAAAAUAAUUUUGAUAAAUGGAAGGACCCACAAACCGGCUAUUGGCACGCAACUUGCAAGUGGUGCAACAACAAUUAUAGUUUGGGAACCUCCGGCGGAUACGGAUCCGCCGCAAGGCAUCUUAAGGCAAAGCACCCCGUGGAGUAUGCAAAAUUAGGCGGCGGAACGGGGAAGCAAACUCAAAUAUCGAG